CUCCCACCCCACCGCACCCCCCCGGCACGGCCCGGCAGCGCGGCUGCCGUUUGACGAGCGAUGCGGAAGGAGGCCGGGAACUGCUGAACGGGCCGAGGCCCGGCGGGCUCCCGGCCACUCCCCGCGGCGUCGCUGCCAGCCGGGCCCACGGGGCGGGGGUGGGAACGACUCGGACCCUCCACCGGCCGCUGAGGUCAGAUGUUCCCAGCAGUCGUGAGGAAGAAGAGCAGAGCCUGGAGCUGCUGAGUGCUGAUCUGCUGCUGCUCUGGACCAUGGACUCAUUGAGGGUGGCCCAGGUGUGAAAAUGUCCAGCAGUAACCGGGAGUUAGUGAUUGACUUUGUUUCCUACAAGCUCUCGCAGAAGGGAUACAGCUGGAGCCAGCUGGAGGAGGAAGAUGAGAACAGGACUGACAUUGCAACCGAGGGGGCCGGGCUGGACGGCGUCCUCAACGGGAGCCCCUCCUGGCACCCUCCCGCCAGCCACGCACCGAACGGAGCCACCGUGCACCGGAGCAGCCUGGAAGUCCACGACCUGGUCCAAGCGGCCGAUGUCAGGCAGGCGCUGAGGGAGGCAGGGGACGAGUUCGAGCUGAGGUACCGGCGAGCUUUCAGCGACCUCACCUCGCAGCUCCACAUCACCCUGGGCACAGCCUACCAGAGCUUUGAGCAGGUGGUGAACGAACUCUUCCGUGAUGGAGUGAACUGGGGUCGCAUCGUGGCUUUCUUCUCCUUCGGGGGCGCCCUGUGCGUGGAGAGCGUUGACAAGGAGAUGCGGGUACUGGUGGGGCGCAUUGUGUCCUGGAUGACCACCUACUUGACCGACCACCUAGACCCCUGGAUCCAGGAGAAUGGCGGAUGGGAGCGCUUUGUGGACCUCUACGGGAACGAUGCUGCUGCCGAGGUGCGGAAGGGGCAGGAGACCUUCAACAAGUGGCUCCUGACCGGCGCCACGGUGGCAGGGGUCCUCCUGCUGGGCUCUCUGCUGAGCCGCAAGUGAGCCUCGGCCGUGUCCCCUCCCCGUCCCCGGGACACCUUCACCGCCACAUCCACUACACUGCGCUCCCGAGCACCGGCACCGAGGAGGAGGGGAUGGAAGAAGGGGGUAGGGGGAAGGUAGGGGGUGGGGGCAGAGCAGUCCCUUCCCAUCGCCUCCCUGCUGCUCCCUGGAGCUUCUCCCUGGUUGCCUCCUCCAGCUCCUUUGCUCGUAGCCCAUCUCUAUCUCCCCUGCCCUUGUGUUUGAAAGACCAAUGCAGCACUUCAGCCCCCAGCGCUGGGCAGUGGCACUGGGGAGAGGUGGAGGGGGGGUGGGGGGUGGGUCAGGAGGUGUCCCAAGCCCUGCAGGGUCUCCUCUAGAUCACUUUGAAGAGAAUAAACAGACUUAUUUUUGCAUGUGUGAGUGAGUGCGUGCUUGUGUGUAGCUGUGGCACUAAUAUAAGGAUCCCCCUGCCCCCCGCCCCCCCUAAAGCCAGAGCGAGGGUCGAGGUGUGUGUUCCCCGCCCCCCAACUCCGUCCCCAGCGUGCUCAGGUCCCCUGCAGCCCACUCCGGGAAGAUGCAGGCUGCUGGGUGGGCUGGAGCUUCCCCAGCAGCAUCCACAUCCCAUCCCUGCUUCCUCCAGCCCGAGCUCAUCCCUGUGGUGGUGAUGAGGGAAAGAGGCAGAGGCUGAGGGCACCUUUGCAGUGUCCCCCCCUCGGACCCUGAGCCCCCAGACAGCAGCUGCUGGGGGCUGAGAGAGGGCUGGGAUGAGGAUGGGCAUGCCCAGGGCUGUGCCCGAUGGGAAGGGCUCUUCCCCCUCCUCCUCUUCCUCUGAAUGUAGAUUGCUGCGGGGCACUGUGUGCCCCUCCCCCCCCCCGCGCUGGCAAAGGAGGGAGGCAGCUGAAGUGGGGGGAGGUGGCAUGCUUUGCCCUGGCACAGGGCAGCUCUGCAGAGAGCCAGGGCAGGAGCAGAGCUGGGAAGGGGUUGAGAGGGCAGUGGGCAGCACUGCUGCCCGUCACCAGGGUGGCAGAGCCCUAGGAGCAGCCCCAGCAUGGGGACAGCAGCCCAGGGGAGGUGCAGUGGUGGCACUGGCUAAGCAUCACCCCAGCCCCCAAGAAGCCCCUCUGGGGACAGCAGGAGUCUCUCCCGUGCUGCCCACGGCUCUGCCAGUCCCCGUAGCACAGGCAGGUCCCUGUCCCCGCGGCGUGGCUGUGACAUGGGUGCAUGCGGUGACAGUGACAGAGGUGACAGAGCAGCCUGGCAUCGCCCCCAGCCUCCUCCCCGCAGAGCAGCCUGGCAUCCCUCCCACCCUGCUCCCCGCAGAGCAGCCUGGCAUCUCUCCCGCCCUGCUCCCCGCAGAGCAGCCUGGCAUCCCUCCCGCCCUGCUCCCCACGCCGCUCCCGCUGCCGCCGGGGCAGGACCGCUGCAGGCUUUGGGCUGCAAUGAGCUUUGAGCAGCCGCAGGUCCCGGCGGAGCCCACCCGGGGCAGAGCCAGCUGUGCCCGCAGGCUCACCCGGCCGUGCCCCCUGUGCCCAUCUGGCCGUGCCCACCCCGCGCCCGCUCUGCUGCCCCUACCCGUUGGUUUUUAACCCCUCUGUGAAUACUCUGAACGCUAUUUUUGUUAUCUUGUCUGUCCCUAUUUAUGUCUGGGGCCGUGCACCCUGGGGAGGCCGAGGUGGGAGGAAGGGGGAGGGGGAGGCUCCAAAGUUUUUGGGGGGUGGGGGAGGAUGGGGGGGGUGUGGGGGAGGGGUCCCACCUGGUCAGUGUGCACGGACUGGCUGCUCCCGAGGGGUCCUGCUCGGAGUGGGGGGGUGUAGCAGUAGCCCCUGGAGCGCUUCGGGGUGCAGGUGCAGGUGAACCAACAAAUAAACUUCUCCGUGGAGCUGCC